GAAUUUGAAAGUUGAAUGUUGAAGUUAUUCUAUUGUUUUAAACAAUCACGAAUUUAAAAAGUAUUAAUUGUACAUUACAUACUACCUUCGCUCAAAGUAAUAUUAUUCUCAUUCUGUGCAUACGACGUUAUUGAAUCAGUAACCUAAGCUUAUUAACUGCAAUUCAUAUCUACCCCUAAAUAAUUAUAAAUAAAGUAGGUACAUUUUCUUUAAUAAAGUUCGUAAUAAUGAGUACCGCGGAAUUAAACUCAUCUCAGCGGAAAAGCAAGUACAUUAGUAUGUACGAAACUGUAACUGCUCUAGAAGAUCAAAAUGCGAGCAAUCAAGAAUGUCUAGAUGUUACACACAAAGUUGUGAAAGAGGCAAAGCAACUGGUCCAGGAAGGAGGUGUUGACCAUCGCAGCAAACAUCCUGGUGAGGGAUUGCUGGACGCUCGGGUCCUCCACGCAUCUUCGAACCUAGCGAAGAUGUGCCUCGAGACAGUUGAUGUGAACAUGCAUUUAUAUGACAAGAACCAAUUAGCACAGCACAUUAAAAAUAAACCUGAUUUCUGGGAUUUCACGUAUCCAUUAGAAGUCCCAGCGGUUUCAUAUUUAUAUGGCGCCGGGACGUUACAAGUCAGCUUACCAUCAAGUACACGGUCUAGUCAAUCGAGAUCCCGGGUCGUAGUUCAACACGCCCAGAUGAGGGUUCCAAAAAAUGUGGACAAAGUUCAACAGAUCGAGAACGGCCCAGAACUUGUGAGCAGAGUCGAUCACUUCAUCAAGAAGCAAUAUAAGCUGAACGGUCGCCGUCCGCUGAGCUAUUACAGCGUGGUCCUCGAUCCGGAUUCGUUCAGCAAGACCGUCGAGAACAUAUACUACGUGUCGUUUCUUGUGCACGACGGCUUGGUGGCUGUCGAAUUAGAUGAAACUUACGGUCUCCCGUUCAUAUCGCCACGCGAAGCGCCCAGGGACAACGACGGCGCGCUUCACGACAACCAGAUGAUCAUGUCAAUAGAUAUGAAAAUGUGGAAGGAAUUAAUCGAAGUAUUUCAGAUCAGUAAGCCGCUGAUGGUGAUCAAGAGGCUGUGAAGAUGACGUCUCCGUAGAGUUUGGAUGUGGAUUGUACAGUAAUUCUCUCUAUAACACGGUAUAUUGGUGCCGCGUUAUAGGAAACGCGUUGUAGUAGUAUUAUCGCAUAACGCGCUUGGCUGUGUGACCCCAUAUAACGCGGUAUAUACAAAUAUAAUAUAUAUACAUAUAUAAUACAAUAUUGCCAAUUUUUUUACAGUUCUAAAACUAGGAACACAAAUUUAAUAAAUUAGGUAAUUUUAUUAUAUUUUAUAAGAACACAAUAGACACAAUGUUCAAAGCUACGCGAUAUAAAUUUUUGAACUGUAGAAAAAACAUUAUAAAUUUCAUAGUGUACAGAAAUAUAACUUUGGUAUAUGGGGGAGAAUACCCGUGAUAUGUUAUUUUAUAUCGACGCUUGAAAGGCAAACGUGACUAAGCGACAAUAACUGCUUUGUACAUAAAUGAUAGGCAAUAACCAUAUUCGAUGCGCAAAAAAUAUAUAUUUCUAGGUCUAUUAAAAUCAUUUCAAUCCUACAGCUACUAGCUAGAUUCUACUACAGCUAGAUUCGUUAAAAUUGAUUUUUUUUCAGGUAUUUCAAUUAGUUUAGUGUAAAGUUCACGCAUUGUCACUUAGUCACGCUUGCCUUUCAAGCGUCGAUAUUAUUACUAGUAGACCCGGCCACACGUUGCUGUGGCUAAGGUUUUUGUUUCUAAACAACACGCGGCUGGCUAUGCUAAUAUCAAAGAUUAACAAACUAGCGACCCGCCCUCGCUUCGCUUCGGAAACUGUAAUUUAUUAUUGAUUUCUCCACUAUUUAAUGGAUGUUAUUAUACAUAUAAACUCCUCCUGAUCCACUAACGGUGCUUCUAGGUACUUCAAGGACCGGUCACCGUUCUCGUCGAACCCGUCGCUUGUGACGAAGGGCUCGACGAGUAAAUUAACUCUCAGACACAGCCCACUGAGUUUCUCGCCGGAUCUUCUCAGUGGGUCGCGUUUCUGAUCCGGUGGUAGAUUCUGCGAAGCACGGCUCUUGCUAGGGCCAGUGUUAGCAACGUCAUCAGGUUUAAGCCCCGUGAGCUCACCUACUAGUUACGGUUCCGCUGGAAUAGCCGCUCCAGGCUACCAGCUUAGGUAGGAAAAAAAAAAAAAAAAACAUAAUCUUUCAAAUCAAAUCAAAUCAAAAAAGCGAUUUUGUUUUAUAUACUAUAUAGUGAAGUAACAAUUGGAUUUCACUGUAUUGCGUUUACUAUGAAAUAAAUUUCACUUAUACUUUAGCCUCAGCAACACGUGGUGCUUAAGCCAUUAAAUUGUAGCUUAUGUGAGACUUUGGUAUUUUUAACACAGCGCCAUCUAUGAGAUAUCACUGGUGGUAGGACCUCUUGGGAGUCCGCACGGGUAGGCACCACCACCCCGCCUAUUUCCGCCGUGAAGCAGUAAUGCGUUUCGGUUCGAAGGGUGGGGCAGCCGUUGUAACUAUACUGAGAUCUUAGAACUUAUAUCUCGAGGUGGGUGGCGCAUCUACGUUGUAGAUGUCUAUGGGCUCCAGUAACCACUUAACACCAGGUGGGCUGUGAGCUCGUCCAUUCAUCUAAGCAAUAAAAAAAUAAAAUAAAGAUAUUAAUGUCAGACAGUAUUACAAUAGUCUGUAAAAACUGAUUUAAGGCGCCAUCUGUUUUAGACCUAUGAAACUUACAAUGAAUAACAAAAAUCAACAUAAAAAAUCAUUUUAUUGUUAAUUACUAAAUAUUGCGACAAUUAAUCGAAAUAAAAACCAUCCUAUCUUUCAAGUUGGAUCAAACUGCACACGGUGUGCAAAUUUAAUUUAAAAUCGGUUAAGUAGUUUAGGAGUCCAUCGCGGACAAACAACGUGACACGUGAUUUAUAUAUAUAUUAAGAUAAGAUUAAGAUACUAGCUGACCCGGCAGACUUCGUAGUGCCUCAAUCGAUAUAUAAAAAGACCUUAACUUUAGUAUAAUAAUAAUAAUAAUAACAAUAAGCCCAUUUUAUUUCCAAAAAUAAAGAAAGAAAAAAAAGAAAAAAAAAGAAAAAGAAAAAAACACUUUAUCAAAUAAAAAUUACAAAAUUAAAUAUAAACUUGUGUUUGGAACCCCAUUCGGGUAUAGGCCUCCUCCAGCUUGCUCCACUCUUCCCUAUCCUUGGCUUUGUUUCUCAAUUCUUUUCCAUUUUAAGUUUAUUUUAUACUAAAGUUCUGGAAAAGAACUUUAGUAUAAAAGGAAUCCGUCCGACAGGGGACACAUCAAAGGAACAACAAAAUUGUUUGUUUUUAUAUAAUUCCGAUAAUUUUCAUAUUUAUUCACCUUUUAAACCUUCCCUGGAUUUCCACAAAUAAUUCAAGACCAAAAUUAGCCAAAUCGGUCCAGUCGUUUUCGAGUUUUAGCGAGACUAACUAACAGCAAUUCAUUUUUAUAUAUAUAGAUUGCCAAUGUUUUUACAGUUCUAAAACCAGGAACACAAAUUUAAUAAAUUAGGUUAUUUAAUUAUUAUUUUAUUUUUAUAAGAACACAAUUGACACAAUGUGCAAAGGUACGCGAUAUUAAAUUAUGAACUGUAGAAAAUUAUUCCGGACGGCCACGGUUCAGGUUUCGGCCACCGCGUGUGAUUUUCAGACUUCUUACGUUAAAACGUGGCAGCUCGAGUAUUGCCGCAGUGGCUGUCGCGGAACGGGUGCUGGGAUUGCUUCGAGGAAAUAACGAAGACUCAGUAUGGCGUUCACACGGUCCUCGUGGCUUGACCGGCGCAGGGCGGAGGAGCGAGUCUCUUCUUGUUCUUCCGAAGAGGCGUUGACUCGUCGGCUCGCUGUCUCGAACUGAAUUUUGCAACAACAACAACAAGAGGUGUCGUCGUACCCCCUGACGGGGGCACGGAACGGGCCUCGGGGCAAACCCCACUGCCCGGGCUGAAACUCCCUGCCACAUAGGGCAGGGGUGAAGUAAUGCACGGAGGACUGGGGAGAGGUACGCUGUUCGCAGCGCGCACGGCUGCACUAUAUCGACAAAAUAUAAAUACAUAAAUAUAAUAACGAUGGGCUUGUUUCUCCGGGGUAGAGUGAUGCGAUCUCGCGGAUGACUCCGGAGAUCACCUAGGCCAAGUUUUCCCAAAGCGUCAGCAGCCAUGCAGCAAAGCCGGCAGGCUGGGAGGCCUGUCGACCGCUGCGUCGCUCGCGCUGAGGGCGGGGAGGAAGGGGGGGCUGGCUGUUUAAAUCAAAGUUGCCUUCGGCCUGAUGGACCGAUGGCAGUGGCAAACUAGUAUUUGUUGUUUGGGCAGUAGGGGAGGCCUCGUUGACCUCCAUUGUCUCGACGACAGUUUGGUGUUGCUCGAAAGGUACUGCAUUAGUCGCUCUGAUGGCUUCCUCUCUCUCGUGCUUCUUUUUUUAAACCUUUUUUUUCCUUUUUCUUUUUGUUCCUGUUUUUGUUUUUGCCGGGUGCAGGACCGCUGGUCGAGCGAGAUGUAGGUAUGACACCAGCGGUGGUGCGACCACGAGGAACGGGAAUAGGUUUAUUUGCCCGCCGCGGCCGGUUGGCCUGCGCCAUCAACGUGGUCGCUGACGGCUCAGCCUCCACUACCACGGCGGACGGAAUGGAGUUUCGAGGGGGAGGGGCCGGGGGAAGGGAAGAUUUCCCUUUCCCCUUUCACUUCCCCUUUACUAUGGGAAGUACAGCCGGAACAGCUGCACUCCCGGCUCCAGGCACCGGUGGCGCAGGAGGAGGGACGGUGACUCCCAUCAUCCUGGCCCGUUUGCGGAAGACCGCACACCGUCUGUCGACGGCGGCGUGGUCCUUCCCACAAUU